GCUCUGUUUCACCUGAGCGGAAACCAAAGAGCAGAGACGACUGAGAGUGUGAAGCCACACAGUUUAUUUAUUCUCUGACCUCAAAUCAUCAAGCAGCAGCAUGGAGGAAACAUCUCUACUGAGGCUGAUCUCUCUGAUCUCUCUGCUGAUCUGCAGCUCAGCUGCUCUGAUUGUGAAUCCCAGCAGAUCUCAGUUCUUUGAAUAUGAAUCAGUGACUCUGAUCUGUGAGGAUGAAAACAGAUCUGAUGGAUGGACUGUGUGGAGAAACACAAGCAGAGGAACCAGGACUGAGUGUGAUAAAGAUGGAUGGUGGAGAAAAGAUGGAUCUACCUGUAAAACCAGCAGCAUCAGAGAACAUGAUACUGGUGUGUACUGGUGUGAGUCCAGGUCUGGAUCCUCCAGCAGCAGCAUCCAGCUCUCUGUCUCUGGUGGAUCAGUGAUCCUGCAGAGUCCUGUCCUCCCUGUGAUGGAGGGAGAUGACGUCACUCUGAGCUGCAGAGCAAGGAAUCCAACCCACAACCUCCCAGCUGCUUUCUAUAAAGAUGGCUCCUUCAUUGGUGAUGGAUCAUCAGGUCACAUGACCCUCCUCCAUGUUUCCAGCUCUGAUGAAGGCCUCUAUAAAUGUAACAUCAGAGGUCAUGGAGAGUCUCCAUCCAGCAGGAUCUCUGUCAAAGAAAACCUCCCAGUCGGUACAGAAACUCCACCCACCUUUGCAGCUCCACCUCCUGCCUCAGCCUCCAUGGAGAUCAGGCUGGUCUGCCACCUGCUGGUCGUCUGUCCGUACUGCAUCUCCACUCUGCUGCUGAUGUCUUUCUACUGUCAGAAAGUCAAAGGAUGUGACCUCUCUGUUUCCAUGGCAGUAACUAAUCCGACAGAGGCUGAUCAGGGAUUGGAGGAUGAUUAUGAUGUCAUCACAGAGCAUCAUUUCUGAACUGAAGAGAUUAUGCCAUCACUGUCUGCUCCUGUUUGUUCUUACAGUUAUCAAGAUGAUGUGAAGGUUUUCACUCAUUCAAUCCAGUCCGACUUCAACCUGUUUUGGUUUAUUUACAGAUUCAAAUUUACUUUUUUUCCACUUUUCUUAAAGAAACUUUCCUAAAGAAUAAAGU